AAAUGCAAACAAAAGAGGUGUAAAGGCCCGGGGUGCAGCCACACAGGUCUCAAACUGAUCAGCUGCUAAGCACAACCUAAACCUCUGCCUCUCUUCACUUGGCUGAGCUCCUCUCUCCACUCAGGGUUAGUGAUCAUGUAAGGCAUAGGAAACUUAGGACCCAGGGGGCGCCUUUCAGCUGAAAACACCUCGCGCUGCAGCAAGCUAGCUGGGAAGCUCCCAGUUCUAAAGAGAGGCUGUUUACCAGAAGAGCAUAACAAGGGCAGGUCUGACUGCAAAGCUGGGACAGGGAGGCAGAGCCACCGCCAAGGGAACCCCGGCUGGACACUGAGUGUUCGAUCACCUGCAGGACAAAGAAGGCGAAGAUGCUGUUAGCCUGGGUACAAACAUUCCUCGUCAGCAACAUGCUCCUUGCAGAAGCCUAUGGAUCUGGAGGCUGCUUCUGGGACAACGGCCACCUGUAUCGGGGAGACCAGUCCUCGCCCGCACCUGGCCUCCGCUGCCUCAACUGGCUGGAUGCGCAGAGCGGCCUGGCGCGGGCCCCCGAGUCGCGUGAGCACCGGCAACCACAACUACUGCCGAAACCCGGACCGGGACCCGCACGGACCCUGGUGCUACGUCAGCGGCGAGGGCAGCACCCCCGAGAAGCGGCCUUGCGAGGACCUGAGCUGUCCAGAAACCACUCCCCCGGCCCCACCAGCCUCCGCAACAGGAAGCGAGGAGGUGUCUGAAGGGCCAGGUGAAGUGCAGGUGUUUGCUCCUGCCAACGCCCUGCCUGCCCGGAGUGAAGCUGCAGCUGUGCAGCCAGUGAUUGGGAUCAGCCAGCGGGUGCGGAUGAAUGCCAAGGAGAAAAAGGACCUGGGAACUCUGGGCUAUGUGCUGGGCAUUACCAUGAUGGUGAUCAUCAUCGCCAUCGGAGCUGGCAUCAUCUUGGGCUAUACCUACAAGAGGGGGAAGGACUUGAAAGAGCAGCAUGAACAGAAAGUGUGUGAGAGAGAGAUGCAGCGAAUCACCCUGCCCCUGUCUGCCUUCACCAACCCCACCUGUGAGAUUGUGGAUGAGAAGACAGUUGUGGUCCACACCAGCCAGACUCCAGUUGACCUUCAGGAGGGCAGCACCUCCCUUAUGGGCCAGGCCGGUACUCCUGGGGCCUGAGUACCCCCCCACCAGUGGGCAGAAGCCCAUGCAGACACUGGUGCAGGACAGCCCUCCCUCCAGCUGGGAGGAUCUACACUUUGUGUUGUGGUUAAAAACCCUACCCCUACUUUUUUUUUGGGUGAAUCCUAGUAACUGACAUAAGCAGGUGACACUGUGGGCUGAGGGCAAGGCUGGGUAGGGUCCUAACUAUCCUCCUUCUCCAUCUCUUGGAGCAGGAUUUUGCCUGUGGAUGAAGAGAAUGGCAGCUCCCACAGUGGUGCUGCUGCUAAGGGCUUCCAAACAUUGCCUGCACCCUGAAACUGAACCAGGGACAGAUGAGGAGCUCUCCCAGGCUCCUCUGUACUUUACUAAGCUAGCCUCAGUCUCCACUGUAGGCUUGAGAGGCAUAUACUGUUAUCAUAGUUAAGGCCAAGCAGGUCAAGAGAGUCGGUUGUUGGAAAAAAAUAUAGUUAAAAAAAAAAAUUGGGAUGGAACUCCCUCUACUGACAUCUGAGAACCAGAAAUCAAUGUGUACAGAAGUCAGAACUUCAGGCUGAGAAUGAGAUCUGGGCUGUGGGCUGCUGGGUGUUCCAGCUUGCUGGCAGCAAUGUGCCUUGACAACCGUGGGCCAGCUCAGGGCCCAGGGACACUUCCUGUUUCAUGAGAAGGAAGGGAAGAAUUGCACUGAAUGUUCCACUUAUGAAGAGGGUGAAGAAGGAUCUGCUCCUGCCUUAGGCUAUAGAGGCAGAGGUAGACCGGGGUGCACCAGUUUCUCUUCAGGGGUGGACAGUGACCUCUCUUCACUUUGUACGGGUGAGACAGCAGCCAGCUAACCCAUGAGAAUUAGACUACAGGGACCUGUGAGCUGCUUCUAAGAGAUUAACCUGGAAACUAAGCUCAGAGGCAAGGUAAUAAAGCACUUUAGGGCUUGCCCCUGCAAUGGGCCUGAGUUGCCAGGUGGUCCUGUGGCCUCCAGGCCAGUGCCUUCCUGUAGGGCAGUGGGGCUAAUGUCACAACCUUCACUUGCAAAACAAUCACAGAACCAUUGAAAAGGACAUUUGAGUUCUUUAAGCCUUUUGGGUAUGUGGGCCCAGAGAGGGAAAAGUGACUUGCUCAAGUCAGUACAAGCUACUGGCAUGGCCAAGAGGAAAACCCAGGUUCCUGAUUGAGCUCAGUAUUUCUCCACUGCACUGUGCUAGUGGCUUAGCAGGGCCUCCAAGCCCUGAUGUCACACUCAGAGGCCUUGGCAGUGUCCCCCAGCCACAGAGCUUCCUUCCCAGAGCCCUUCCACUGCUGGAUGUGGAGAGGGGGGUUAGUGGGGCCCAUUGCCUUCAGCAGGCUGUUACCUGGAGCCAUUUGCUGUGGGGACCUAGACCUCUGGGGGUCCUUUGGUGUUAGUGAUGCUGGAGAAGAGAACGUUACUGGUUUCUACUUUUCUAUAAAAUCAUAUCUCUGUAUAUAUGUUUUAUAUACCUCAUUCUGACACCUGCAUAUAAAGUGUGGGAAAUUGCUCUGCAUUUGACUUAAUAAAAAAAAAAAAAGAC